GGCAAAUCAGAAGUUGAAUGUUUGGCAAAUGGACGGUGAGUGAUCACUUUCCAACAUGUGGAGCUCCUCUGGAUUGUGAGCAACCACCGCCUCUUGCAAAUGGAGACACCAAGAACUCUAUGAAGUUCAGCUACAGACAGAAUGAAAGGGUUGAAUACAUCUGUCAGAAUUACUACAUCAUGCAGGAGGACCCUUCCAAACGUGCAACAACGGUGAAUGGACCGGAGAGAUCAGAUGCCUCAGACCCUGCACUGUGGACGAAGAAGCUAUGAGGGACGUAACAUUAGGUUCAGAUACGCCCGAGGAAUAAACUGUAUUCAACCCACAGUGAAGAGAUCGAGUUCAGCUGCACCAGAGGAAGACCUGUCGGCUCCUGGGGAUGCGUCAUAUGUGCCUCGACGGCGUGCUGCACCUGCCCUUGUGCCAAUAAAGGCUUUCUAGUCCAAUGGAUGUGAUAAACACUGAGGGGUCAUGAAUCGGUCCGGUCAUAACUACUGGAACUGAUGUACGUCAGCCGUGCUGUGUGUCAUUUUAAUAAAAACUGUUCUGGCUCAAA